AUGUCAGAUGCGUCCUCGGCAUCAGCCGGGCUCUCGAACAGAGUCGUGCUCGACGAGGUGCCAUUGGCGGUUGAGCGCGUGCAUGUCUACACCGACUCGGACGCAGCCGCGUCAGCCACAGACUCUCACACCAUCCUUGACUUGUUCGAUCGCGAACCGUCACUCGCAGAUAUCACGGCUGAAGGAAAGAACAUCUUUGUCACCCCCAAACCCCUCUCGGUGCAGCUAGGCGAAGAUGUUCGGCGGCUCUGGGCUGAACGUGGGGACUUUUCGCGCUUCCGCAGCUCCGCCUUGCACAAACGUGCACAUCGAUUGUCGGCCGACGACAGCAGUGAUCAAGACUCUGAAUGCGCUCCGCAAGACCAAGCUGCAACAGAAGCGGGCAUAUCGAGCGAGACGAGUGAAAAGAUCGGUGGAACGAUAGCAGAGAGCCAGUUCGUCGAGUUGCGAAACCAAGUCCUCGCCAACUUGGACGUAGCGCAUUUCAACUCGAUCCAUGCACAUCAGCUGUUGGGAAUGCUGAUCAAACAACAUCGAUCGACUGCAGUCUCUUCCAACAAUGCCGGCGUGGCGAUGCAGCCAGUGGCGAGGAUGGCAUCUCCUGCGCCUAGUGUUGGAGCUCUCUCGAACCGAUCGGCUUCUAUCACCGCUGCCCAAACAAAAGCGCCUCUGGGAAUCUUUUCGCACCUCAACCAUGCUUCUACGCGAGAGGAGGAAUUCGUCCUUGAUCCGCUGGCGAUAGCGCUCUCGCGUACUGCUCUGAACACCAGUACUGCCGUCCGACACUCGAACGACAGCGAUCAACACGAGCAAGAGCAAGACGAAUUUGCAGAUCCGACCAGUGCAGAGUACGCAUUGAAACAAGCUCAAAAGGAGAUCGAGUCUACACCGGAAUUCAAAGAGAACGAAUUACGAGAGUUCAGGAUUGUGUUGGAGACCAAAAGGAAGGCGCUCGAGGAUGCAGCGCAACUGUUGAGUAGUGCAGCGACCGAGUUGAGGAGUAGCCAGGCGGGGAACAGGGAGCGAUGGAGGAGCUUGAUUGGGCUACAUGGUAGAGGGUGGGGAAUGACACCGGGGAGGCCGCUGUUGGAUGUCGAGAGGUUUGGCGUUGGCGAAAGUGAAGGUGAAGGUGAGGAGGAGGAAGACGAAGAGGAGGUAUUGAACAGUGACGCGACAGCUGACGAUGGCGAGAAGGAGGCAAAGAACCAGCAGAGCAGUAUCAAGCCAGGAAAGAAGAAGAGCAAAGACGAAAAGCAGGCUAAAGCGGCUGGGUUGCAAGGCUUCGGAACACCGAUCAUCACCUCGGAUGGAAAAGUGAAAGAAGAAGGCGCGAGAGAUGCGUGGAUUGGAUUUGGGCUACCUGAAGCGCCAAUCGAGCUACGACGACGUAGCUUGGCGUAUUGGGCCGAUGUACCGAGUAGCGUUGGUGGUGCAACGACCACAGAAGAGGUCCGGAAGAAGCUUGUGUUUCCGGAUCGAAUGCAUCGUCGACUGCGUGUACGCUUCGUUCUUUGGCCCCGCGUUUCCAGCAUGCAGCACGAUGAAGGUCGAAUCGAGUGGACUUCGGAUCCCACCGCACGUUGGCAGGAAAACGAAAGCAGUGACGCUUGCGGAGCCCCAGCAGUAGCACCAGGUCAAAUACUGGACCAAGAGCUACAACAAGCAUCACGAGAAGCAACGGACGAGCUGGUGUUCGGUGAUGUCGUCGCACAGGCACGCUUGCUACCACCGAUGUUUGGGGUGAGGUUGACGUCGAGCUCGGUACGGCUGGUUCUGACCAAGCGCUUGGAUUGUGUCGUGGAGUUGGUGCGCAUCUCCGAUCAGAACGAUGCCAACGUUUCGGAUUCUGGGCAGCAAAGCAAGGACGAUACUGAAGAAAAGAUGCAGCUAGGAGGAGAAAAGCAGCAGCGAUAUUCUCCACAUGCUUCGCUUUUAUUGGCGUUCUUACGCAUGGGACCGCUGCGCAAGUACCACGCCUUUGUAAACGCCACGGAGCAAGCGAGGCGAGCCGACGCUGCUGCACGUGCAGCCGCGAUCAAGGCGAUUGCUACAGCCAAGCCGAAAAAGUCGACCUCGGCCGCCAACACUGCCACUGCCACUGCCACUGGAAAUGGUGCAGCGAGCACAAUCGAGCCCGCAUCUGACAAAGGUGGCAUUGCAGCCGGAGGUAGAUCGACGAGUGCAGCCUUGUCGAAACUCGACUCCAUCGGCCCCAUUGUCGUCACACUACACUACUGGUCCUUCGUCCAUCGUCUUGGAAGCGUUCUCAAAGACUUUCAAGAAACAGCACUACAGAAAGGCAUCAAGGUGGUUGUUCAGCUCGUGCCCAUCACACUACCCACAUCGACUCGAACAGGUUCUUCGAAUCUUGCCCAGCUCACAUCGCUGUUGAGCCAGAUGAUGGAUGCGACACCGUCCCUGCCGUACCGGAACUCGAACGCUCCCGACCGAAAUGCAGGCUCCAAUGGCACCGCAGGUACACUUCAUUCGAUCUACCCCACACAUGCAAACGGAUCGACGCUGAACGCGCUCCAAGGUCACGCCAAGGUAUGGAUCCACACGCAAGCCGGUGAAAGGCUGGUAUGCAGCUUGACGUUUGGACAGCCAAGUUUGGUCAGCGUCCAAUUCGCCGGCGCAAGAGCGGGGGCGAUACACAGGAAGACCCGAGGCGUAGCGUUGACCAAUAAGCCGUUGGCGGUCGACUUGGAUGCACUGGCCCAAUUGAUGGCUCAACAGCUUGGACAGUAUCUCUAG